AUGAAGUCUCUCACUGACGAGGAGAUCUCGGAAUUUAUCGCACACGAUGUGGAGCCAUAUACAAUCUUUGUGCUCCUGACAAACUGCCAAGGAACAUGGCCUGAUACAGGAUUGGGGGGUGUUCUUAAGAGAUCCUAUCCGGCUGCGUACGGCCGGUACAAAGGCCACUGUGCCGAGAAGAAUGGUCCGGAUGGGCAUCCCACAGAGGCUCUAGCGGGAUCUUGCCAUAUAAUUCCUCCAAUUUCCGUUGAUCACGUUAAUCGUCCCGUUCCGCCCGCCUAUAUCGCUUGCAUAUUCUCUAGCUUCGGGGACGGCCACCGAAACUGGUUCAAUACUGACAAGCCGGGCCGGAGCUCCAAGGCGCUGAUCCGAUUACAGACUGCCGACGGUUUUGGCGAACUGAAAAAAUUACUCAGGGAAAUGGGAUUGAACCGUGCCCAGGAGACAAGCUGCUCGGAUGAAAUAGAGAGUACAAGUGAAAGCCCACAGAAACCCAACUGGACGGAGAAUGGCCUGAACAUGAAAGUCUGCCUAUAUGAACAGAAUGGCAAAGACUUCCAAAUGCAGUGGAAAGAGGUAGAUGGUAUAAGUCAAGGGGGGGUGUUUUCGGAUGCCCUUAGUUAUCGGCUCCCUGCAAGGCUUUAG